AGAGAGAGAGAGAGCGUGAGCGUGUGUGCGAGAGAGAAAGAGAGAGAUCAGCAAUAUGAUAAUGAUGUAGGAGUCUGGCUUCAAAAAAACCCACACCAAAUGUACCAGUGAGUGUGUAACAUUGCUCAAGGAGAAAUCAGUAAGAUGGCUGCCUCGUAGGGUCUUCCCCUGAUGGAGAGAGCUGUUACAGAGACUGCAAGACAGAGGGUGUUGUGUGGGAAUAUCGAACAGCGCAAACGCUCAGGGAACGACGGAGACUUCGGUUGGAAAGACGGGGUCAGAGGGCAGCGCGGUGGAUGGCCCCAAAACAGGCCCAAUGGAAGAAGGAACGAGCAACGCGGCUGAAGAGAGUGGGCUGAGGCUGACCAUGGCUCCCAGCCUGGCCAACGGCGUUUACUGUCACCAGGGGGCAUGCGGCGCAGCUGCGGAGAGCGGCGAGUGGACUGCGGGGGUCUCGGGGCUACCUCAACACCUCAACGGCGGCACCGACUGGGAACCGGAAGCGAUCAGUCAGAGUACCGGCCCCCCAGGGGAGGAGAGGAGGCCCACCCCGUACCACGAGGCUCUGUACAACUCCCCGGUGUCGGUCAUGCGAGGCGAGCGUUCAUGGCGGAGGGUCUCACCCGGAGAGAAAGGUGACACCGAGCUGCUGCUGACCACCAACGGGGAGUGUCCGGAGCUCAGCACCCUGACCACCGCCUGGACCCUGGCCAAGAGGCAUGGCCGCAAGCCCCCCAACUGUAACUGUGACGGACCCCAAUGUCCUGACUACCUGGAGUGGCUGGAGAAGAAAAUCAAAACGGCGAUGGGUGGGGGGCAAGGGCAGGGCCGGGCGGGCGAGGGUCUCGCUGAGCCCCUGGCUCACAACGGCUCACCCCAGCUCCAGCCCCAGCUCCAGCCCCAGUCUCAGCUCCAGCUCCAGCCCCAGCUCCAGCCCCAGCCUCAGCCGGUUGCCCUCAGCCCCCCCGAACCCACCCACUACUCUCAGAGCGUUCUGAGUAUCGCCAAGGAGAAGAACAUCAGCCUCCAGACAGCCAUGGCCAUCGAGGCCCUCACACAGCUCUCCUCCCGCCUCCCCUUCCCCCAGGACGCCGGGCUGGGUGGGGGGGGCAACAACUCCCCAGCCCCUGGGGAGACCUGCUCCUGCCCCAACACGUCUCAGGGCCCUCAACCCGAACACCCCCAGGAGCAGCAGGGCCAUCCACAGCCACCUGUUCAGCCGGUCUCGGCCUACCCUGCCCCAGUCCAGUCACCGUGGUCAGAGCUGGCUGACCGCUACGUGCCGACCGUCACCAGGCUCCCCGAUGGCUUCCCGAGCCCCAAGCCUCCCGUGGAGACCCCCUGCCUGGCCACCAGCGGUGCCCAGCUCAGCCAGGUUGCCUACAGCUCCAGCCAGUCUGGCCCCUCGCUCGGAGACCCCAUGCUGGAACUCCGGCAGCUACUAGACAAGAACAGCGCCAAAUUCCCGCUGCCCGUCUUCAAGCUGCCGCGCUCCAGCCCCGGCCCCGGUCCUGGCCCGGCUCCCGGGAUCGGCUAUUACGGAAUUCCGCAGCAGCCAGCAACGCCACAAACCCAACCAACGCAGCAAGUGACCGUGCAUCAGCGAGCGCAAGAGGCCCUGCAGCAACACCUCCACCACAGACGCAACCUCUUCAAGGAGCAGAGUCUGUCGCCAGCCAGUCAACCUCCAGACUGGUGGUCACAUCACCAGCUCCUCAAGAGGCCCAAACCCAAGAAGCUGGGACAGGAGAAGAAGAAGAAAGUCCAACCCAUGCAGAAACAGCGAAGAGAAAGCCCCAUCCCCAAGCCUGCACUGGGAGGCCCCCCACAGCAACAACAACAACACCUCCAGCUCCGCCCGUUCCUUUCCCACCAUCAACACCAGCACCGGACCACCCUGGACCCCUACCCGCGGAUACCGAGCGGGCUGCAGGCCCAACUCCUUCCCCAACGCCAACUGGUCAGACCCCAGCCCGACCCCUGGGCUCCCCCCGGCCCGCCAGCUCCGGGGCAGGACGGCGGCUCCCCCGCCCCUCACAGCCCCCGCACGUUCGAGGAGAAGAUUGAGGAGUUGCUGAGGCAGUUCGAGGCAGAGUUCGAGUCCGGCUCGGCCCCUUUCCCGGCCUCGCAGACCCCCACCCUCGCAGAGGAGAGCAGCUUUGAAUCUCAGGCACAACCUCAAGCCCCCCACCCUGCGUUCUCGUUCUUCAACCACGACAGUCGGGGGAGCUCCCCCCAGCCCCAGCCCGGGGAAAGCUAUCCCAAACUCCUCAACAAUUCCUUCGUACCUGGCUCCUCCAAGCACAUGAAGGUGGAGAGUUCGGGCGGCAUCACCGUGCUGUCCACCGUGUAUUCGGGUGAGAACACGGAGGGAUCGUCGGAAGAGGCCACCCCCACGAAAGAUGGCAUGCCCCUCACCCCCUCCCUCAGCGGCUUCCUGGAGUCUCCUCUCAGAUACCUGGAUACCCCGACCAAGAACCUGCUGGACACCCCCUCCAAACGGGCGCAAAUGGAGUUCCCGUUGUGCGACUGCGUGGAGCAAAUCAUAGAGAAAGAUGAGGGUCCGUAUUACACCCACCUGGGCUCUGGUCCCACCGUGGCAUCGAUCCGGGAGCUCAUGGAAGAGAGGUACGGGGAAAAAGGGAACGCAAUAAGGAUCGAGAAGGUUAUUUUCACCGGUAAAGAAGGGAAAAGCUCCCAGGGCUGCCCCAUCGCCAAGUGGAUCAUCAGAAGGUCCAGUGAGGAGGAGAAGCUGCUGUGCCUGGUGAGGGAACGAGCCGGCCAUCACUGUGCCAACGCUGUGGUGAUCAUCCUGAUCCUGGCCUGGGAGGGCAUCCCCCGCGCCCUGGGUGACCAGCUGUACACUGAGCUGACCGAGACCCUCACCAAGUAUGGCAACCCCACCUGCCGGCGCUGCGGCCUCAACGAUGACCGGACGUGUGCCUGCCAGGGGAAGGACCCGGAGACCUGUGGAGCUUCCUUCUCCUUCGGCUGCUCCUGGAGCAUGUACUUCAACGGGUGCAAAUACGCUCGCAGCAAGAUCCCACGCAAGUUCAGGCUGAUCGGAGAUAACCCGAAAGAGGAAGAUUUGUUGAAGGAACGAUUACAGAAGCUAGCUACAAGAAUUGCUCCACUCUAUAAGAAACUUGCCCCUCAAGCUUACAAAAAUCAGGUAGCACAAGAACAAGCGGGUCCAGAUUGCCGCCUCGGGUUGCAGGAGGGGAAACCAUUCUCCGGGGUGACUGCCUGCAUGGACUUCUGUGCCCACGCUCACAAGGACCAACACAACAUGUACAAUGGCUGCACUGUGGUCUGCACGCUCACCAAGGAGGACAAUCGUAAGGUGGGGACCAUCCCCGAGGACGAGCAGCUCCACGUGCUGCCGCUCUACAAGGUGUCGCCCACGGACGAGUUCGGCUGUGCGGAAAAGCAGAGCGAGAAGAUCAAAGCGGGAGCUAUCCAGGUGCUCAAUGCCUUCCCCAGGGAGGUCAGGAUGCUCCCGGAACGUGUCAAGUCCGCCCGCCAGAAGAAAAUGGAGGCCAAGAGGGCAGCCGAGAAACAGAGGAACCAAGAGAAGAAGCUGCUAGCGGGCAAACUCAAACAGGAAGCAGGCGAGAUGAAGUGCCCGACUCCACAAAGCCAAGACCUGGCGCUGGGCAGUGCGCCGCCCCAACACCAGAUCGCCCCGACCAUCAAACUGGAGCCUCAGAGCCACUACAACUCGUUCAAGCACAGCGGGAACAGUGUGGUGGAGAGCUAUACGGUGCUCGGCAACUGCCGACCCUCCGACCCCUACAGUCUGGGCAGCGUUUACCCGUAUCAUUCCUACUAUGCAAGGCCGGGCCUCCCGGCCCUCAGCGCCUACCGCCACCCCGGGUACUCCUUCUCCUACGGAUACUACGGCUACGCCAGUAACCCGCUCUUCCCGCCGCCGUUCCUCAAGUACGGGAGCAGCUUCGACCAGAAGCCCGACGUGCAGGAGCUGUGCUCCAGCUACAGCCUGGCCCUGCGGCCCGGGCGGACCGACUGCGCCGAGCCCGGCCUGGGCCCCACGCCCCCGCCCCCCGGCCCGGCCCGGGCCCGGCCUCAGCCUUACGACCAGCCGUGCGAGCACCACCACCAGGUCCAGGGCCUCCCGCGCCCGGUGACGGCCCUCGGCCGCCUGGUCAAGCAGGAGCCCGAGGAGCCCCUCCCGCUGGCGGUGACCUCCUACCCGCAGCCCCCGCCCCCCGGGCCCCUGGCGGCCCUGCCCGGGCCUCUGCCUCUGCUCAGCCACGGCGACAAGCCCUGGGACGUCUACAAAGCCAACGGGAACCUGCUGUCGCCACCGCCGCCCGGGGGGUCCGGCCACGAGAGGCCGUGGAGCCUGUUCGGGGGGUCGGACGGUUGCGGGCCCGAGCGGUGGGGGUCACUGAGGGUCAGCCCGAGGCUCCCGCCUUCCGCCCCCCUCACCCCGGGGCCGGACACCAGGACACGCAGCCCCGCCGGCGGCUUCCCGCCCAAACUCUGGGAUUCCUUCAAAGCCGCCGCCGCCGCCGCUGGGGGGGGCGACGCCAUGUUGUUCACACCUCCCCCCCCUCCCGCCGCCGCCGCCGCCGCCCCUCCUCCCGCCGCCCACAGGCCUCAGGAGAAGCCGUGGGACCUGUUCGCGUCUGGGAAGCCGGUGCCAGGGUCGGGGUCGGGGUCGAAGCCCUGGGAGGACGGGGUGGCGGCCGCCUCGCCGGGCGGCGCCGUGUCCGAGGCCCUGUGGGAGCCGUACUGCGUGGGGGCCGAGGCCAUGGACGAGCUGCCGCCGGAGUCGGGCUCCGGGUCCGGGUCCGGGUCGGUGAAGGAGGAGGAGGAGGAGGUCUGGUCGGACAGUGAGCACAACUUCCUGGACGAGAACAUCGGCGGCGUGGCCGUGGCUCCGGCUCACGGCUCCAUCCUGAUCGAGUGCGCGAGGCGGGAGCUGCACGCCACCACCCCCCUGGCCAAGCCCAACCGCUGCCACCCCACCCGCAUCUCCCUGGUCUUCUACCAGCACAAGAACCUGAACGAGCCGAGUCACGGCGUGGCCCUGUGGGAGGCCAAGAUGAAGCUCCUGGCCGAGAGGGCCCGGCAGCGGCAGGAGGAGGCCGCCCGGCUGGGCCUCCCGCUGCCCGGCACUGCCAAGCUGCUCGGCAAGAAGCGCAAGUGGGGCGGCGGCGGCCUGGCCUCCUCCGCCGCCCCCGACUCCCCGCCGCCGGGCGGGGCCGACCGCGUGCCCGUCAACCGGGCCCUGUCCAUCACCACGAACACUCUGAUCACUGUGUCCUCAUACGCGUACACCCAGGUAACCGGGCCCUACAGCCGCUGGAUAUGACCCCAACACACACACACACACACAGGGACGGUCUGUCUCUCUCUCUCUCUCA